UUUAUGUAAGUUCAUAAUUAAUGAUUACGGUUUUCGGCAUUAAGGGAAUGCUCAGCCGUAAUAAGUAAUCCAUGUUUGGUGUGGCGAGCGUACUUAAUUUAUUUCAUAUUGGUGGAAACCAGCGUGAGUUGGCUCGCCAGAAGAACCAGAAGAAACAGCAGGAACAACAGAAGAGAAAGAGCUCUAAUGACAAAGACUCGAAUAAGGGACUGACAUUGGAGCAGCGCAAACAAAGGCAUGUUUCUGGAAGGAAUGCUAGGGAUGCAGACCUGAUGCGACAGAAACAGAUGAAAGCCCAGAACAAGGACCAAGCUGCUGCCAGCUAAACUGCUUUGACUUUGGAUUUCAGUUUCUGUGUUAUGUACGCUGGCAGGGCAGGGAGCAAUGGACUCUAAUUCACGAAUCUUGUGGAAUGCAAUACGAACCUGGUCACUAUUGCUGAAAUUCAGCCAAACUGUAAACCACACCAGUGAGACUGCUGAACUCUCUCCGUCACACAUCUAUUCUGGUUUGAGAUCGGAACUGGAGUAAUUGUAGUGGAUGAAAUCUUGGUUGAAUUCAUUUUGCCUUCAAAGUGAAUUUUGUUGGUGAAUUUCAGUUUGUUCAAUAUUUAAGUAAUAAUAAGUCCCUGCCUUAAGAGAAACUGUUGCAUUCAUUUUGCUUAUUUUAGUUCUCUGCUUGUUAUACGUUGUGUAAUCCUUCCUGAUGUAAUGAUGUGUGGAAUAAAUCCAAUUGUUCAACCA